AUGCACCCGAUCGCGCGUCAAUUUGUUAUCAACGCCCUACAGAGUCUCAACAAGCCGAAAGAGAAGCAACCACAGUUUUUCAUCGAAAUCGAUCGUGAUGAUCUCGAGAACUAUGUGCACAACAUGGGCGAACGAUACUUCCUCUCGACGAUUAUGGGGAACAAGCCAAAUUUCUACUUGAUCUUCUUGGCGAUCAUUUUGUUUCUUCUCUGCUCGGCCAUCGUUUUUUACAUCAUCAUCUAUUUCUUCGUUAACAAGAGACGUCUCUCGAUUCCUCGAAUCCAUUGGGGUGCGCCACCCACACAAACCGACGAGUACAUGGCACGACAGAAAACUCUCGAGGAUGCUCUCCUCGCCAUUCAAUCGUGGAACACGGGAAAGAAUAGCUAUAAAGCGGCGGUGAUGUAUCUGAAAUCUCAAUGGGUGAUCCCUCGUACGAGCCUUUUGCAGAUGAAUUUCCCCCAAGAUUUCCUCAGCAACGUCAACGCGGCGCCACUCACUGAGCAAGACGCUAAAGAGCGAUUGCAGGAAAGUUUUGGUUUAUCU